AUGAAAGGAGAAUCAGCCAUUUCUUCGGCCGAUACUCAUGACUUGGCUAGCAUUUCGCAUAAUCCUCUUCCGCCACCAACACUCUCCACGCACACCUGGGACUGGAUUGCUGUUUAUCCAAUAGAUUUUGAGGACUUGUCCACUGGAUAUACAACCUACGUUUACGCACCCACUUCACCUGAACCUGAAAAUUCAAUGUCUCAGCUAGUUUCUUCUCUUGCGACAGGAGCAAUGACGGCCAGUCUUGCUAGUUGUCAUUUAGAGAAUGAUUUGCCGAUUCAUGUCGUUGGCACAGUCCCAUGCAUCGGCGAAUCUGAUGUAGCGUCUGAUGACGUGAUCUCAUUUUUAAGUGACUCUCCUGCCGUUGUGGUUAAUGCCGGUCUUCCUUUGGGUCCGACGUUUCGAGGUCGAAUUGAGGCCAGCCAUCUGGAAGAGUUGGCAGGAAAAACGAUUCAGCUGGCCUAUAUGAGCAGAUUGAAGAAUUGCCCACAAGGUUACAGCAAGCCAGUAAAGGUAAGUCCGAUUUAUCAUUCAUGA